AGGGCCGCGUUCGCGCCGCUGGGCAGCGGGAGGUAACUCGCUGUGUGGACCAGAGUGCGGUCGCGGCUGCUCAACUCGGACCCCGCAGCAUGGCGGAGGAGGAGCUGGAGGCGCUGCGGAAGCAGAGGCUGGCAGAGUUGCAGGCGAAGCACGGGGAUCCUGGCGAUGCAGCACAACAGGAAGCAAAGCACAGGGAAGCAGAAAUGAGAAACAGCAUCCUAGCCCAAGUUCUGGAUCAGUCAGCCCGGGCCCGGUUAAGUAACUUAGCACUUGUUAAGCCUGAAAAAACUAAAGCAGUAGAGAAUUACCUCAUACAGAUGGCAAGAUAUGGACAACUAAGUGGGAAGGUAACAGAACAAGGUUUAAUAGAAAUCCUUGAAAAAGUAAGCCAACAAACAGAAAAGAAAACCACAGUUAAAUUCAACAGAAGAAAAGUAAUGGAUUCUGAUGAAGACGAUGAUUAUUGAAUUUAAGAUGCUUAGACACUGGAACUUAAUGGAACAGUUCUAGGACAGAUAAUACUUGGCAGAAGUUAAGAUUUGAUUGAAUGUUUAUUGUCUAUAUGCCUUUAGAAAAAUAAACUUGUUACGUAAAAUAAAACAAUGUGGGGAAA